UGAUUUUUUGGUUGUUCGGCUGACAUGCAAUUGGGAUGUUGCAAUAAUAAACAAUAGAGAAUUGUCGUGCUUGCUUCAUUAUUCAGUAGCUAAUAGUAGUGAGCUUUGUUAAGGGACCGUUUAAAAACUUCCUUAAUUAUUUUAUUCGUUUUAUUGGAAAACAAUAAAACCAAAAUAAUCAUACACGUAUGGCGUCAAGUUCGAAAGCAUAUGGUGCGGCCGUGGUCUGCCCGUACCAUCCCGAUGCAACUCUCAUUGAAGACUACAGGGCAGGUGAUAUGAUCUGUGCAGAUUGUGGUCUUGUAGUUGGAGACAGAGUGAUUGAUGUUGGGUCCGAGUGGAGAACAUUUAGCAACGAGAAAGCUGAUAGUGAUCCUUCUCGUGUUGGUGCCGCAGAAAAUCCUUUACUGAAUGGUAGUGAUCUAUCUACAGUUAUUGGAAGAGGAACUGGUGAUGCAAGUUUUGAUGAAUCAGGAAUUGCUAAAUAUCAGAACAGAAGAACUAUGAGCAGUUCUGAUCGUGCAUUGAUCAAUGCAUUCAGGGAGAUAAGCAAUAUGGCAGACAGAAUUAAUUUGCCUAAGACAAUUGUGGAUCGAGCAAAUAGUUUAUUCAAACAAGUUCAUGAUGGGAAGACUCUCAAAGGCCGCAGUAAUGAUGCGAUUGCGUCAUCAUGUGUUUACAUUGCCUGUAGGCAGGAAGGUGUCCCAAGGACUUUUAAAGAAAUAUGUGCUGUAUCCAAAGUGUCUAAAAAAGAAAUUGGGCGCUGUUUUAAGCUCAUUUUGAAAGCCUUAGAGACAAGUGUAGAUCUUAUUACCACUGGGGAUUUCAUGUCAAGGUUUUGCUCCAAUCUGGGCUUGCCUACCAGCGUUCAGAAAGGAGCCACUUAUAUUGCUCGCAAAGCUGUCGAGCUGGAUAUUGUUCCUGGACGAAGUCCGAUAUCCGUGGCAGCUGCAGCUAUUUAUAUGGCCUCACAGGCAUCAGAAGAGAAAAAGUCUCAAAAAGAAAUUGGAGAUAUUGCUGGAGUAGCCGAUGUCACCAUAAGGCAGUCUUACAAACUCAUGUAUCCGAGGGCACAAGAACUUUUCCCCGAAGACUUCAAAUUUUUUACGUCAAUUGAGAAUUUGCCCCAGCUGUGAAAUAUGUUAUCUACCACCCAAAUUUUUAAUCUGGGUCAGAACUGUGGAAAGUGGAAACUUUUCAUUUUCUGAAAGAACUAUGCAAAAUAUUGCUGGACUUCAGUAUUAGGGAAAUCAGAGGGCAUUUCCUCACUGUUCAGUAAUUUCUAUCUAUGCAUUAAAAGUGUAAAGUAACUACUUUAAAGUAGAUGAUAAUGUGUUCACAUACAUGCACAUUUUUUUGGAUAAGGUUUUUAUUAUUCUUUCCAUUAAAAUUGCUAAGUCAUUGAAGUGACAAGUAUUGCUGUAAAACUUGUGAGUAGUAUUUUUAUGAUACAUAGUAAGAUGGAGAACAGUUGUAAAUAUUUUUUGAUAAAGUUGUUCAAUUUUGAAUGAAAUAAACUUAAAUUUCAAUUUCAUGAGUUAUAAUAAUCUAGAUAUUACAUACAGCAAUUUUCUCAAUUUUUUUUUACAAAUUUGUACACAUAAAAUAUUUGUUAUGGAGAAACGUAAAAUGCCAUUGUGAUGCGUGAAAUAAUUUUUAGAUCAUAUUAAUAAAAAACUAGUGUUCAAAAAAAAAAAAAUACAGACAUGUUUCAAGGUUAAUAAGAACCCUUUUUUAAAUGAGAAAAAGAAAAAGCAAGUGAAGGUUGCAACAUUCGUUAUUAGCUUUUUGUUUUGACAGCCAUAAGCUCACAUUUUUUUGUAUUAAAAAAAUCAUUCCUUGGAACUCUGAAACAGGACGACAUUUUUUUGCAAGUUUCCUUUCACUUUUUCGCAGGAAGCUUUUUAUUCAUUAAGAUUUCGUUUUUUCUUUCUUCAGUGAGUAUUUGCUUUAUAUGUAUAAGGUAACUGAUAAACUCUGGUGAAUGCUCAUUUCUGUGAGAAAAUGUCAUCUUAAAUGAGAGCCGUGUGCAAGUUAGGUGUUUCACCUGCACAAAGAAACAAGUUCUGUGUGUGAAAAUUAUUAAAUCAUUUAUUUUUUAGUGCAAAAAUCUAUUUUAUUUAUUUUUAACAAGCAUAGAAAGAUUUUGAUCUUUUGCUGAUGCAAACAGAGUUUUCAACCAAAGCAAUUAGAGUCUAUUUUAUGGCAUAUACCAAUAAAGAAUUUAUGAAGUUGAUUGGUACGUUUGAAAACAGUAUAAGGCGUUUAUGUCUACCUGAUAGAAUCAAAAACUAGAGUUACCCUGCAAAUGAAUUAAUUAUUUGCCAAAAUAUUGGAAGCUUUUACGUUAAGCAUGUGUGUAAGAUGCUUCAUGUUAUCUUAAUAUUUUAUGAUAAACUGAGAAAUAAAUUUAAAAAAAAAAAAAAAAACGCAACUUGCUCUACUUUCUCUCCUUUUGUUCAAAAUGUUGCACAUAAUAUACAUGUGAGGCAGUGAGAAGCAAAGGGAUGCAAGAGGACUAUUUUAAUUUUCGAGUAAAACGCGUUUGAAGAUCAGAUCCUAGGUAGGCUUUCAUUAAAAUUUUUUCUAAAUCAUGCUGUACAGCAGCACCUACCAGGGAUACUAGUACAAUCUCUAGCCCCAAGACAGAGGAGAGGUUCACUUACCAUUUGUACUGGUUACCUCCAAAUUUUUAAUUUUGCCACUUGCAUCCCUUUGCUUCUCUCAUUACCUCAUGUUUAAAAUAAAGUAUUCAUAUGUUAAAUAUAUUUGCAUAUUGUUUGACCUUUUUUCAAAAAUGAGCUGAAAUAUUUUCUUCCAUUGCUUUCAUGCAGGUUAAUGCAUUUUUUUCUUCACUUUUUGUGUAAUGAAUUGUAAUACUGAAAAGAAAAUGGUCUAUUAUAUCAUUAACAUUCAUAUGUUUAUCACUUGUUAAAUAUCAGAUCAGUGCCUUUUCAUUGUAUAAAUUAUUAAAAGUAUUUGUAGAUGCAAGUCACUGAGGGAUGAUUAUUCCUUUACAUACUUGAUAACAAUUUUUGAACAGUUUUCUUAAUGACAUAACCUGUUCUGUGAAGCAGUUUUAGAGUCAAUUUUGAAUUAUAUUUAUUAUUUUGCGCAUUUUUUUUUAAAUGUAUGUAACUAAUGUUCCUUUUCAUGAAAUAUAGACUAUUUGGAUAAAUAGGUAUGAAAAUGCCAAUGCAAAUGAAAGUACAAAUAAAGUCAGGUAAAACAAAUUGCCCUUUUGACGAUAUACUUUUGUAUCACUAUGUAACUUUAAGACACAAGAAAAUUUGUUCAUCUUGCGCUUCUGUGUUUUUUAUUAUUUUUUAAAAAAAAUUUCUUUGAUUUAAAUAAA